UCUUGGAAGGCAAGCUUGAUUGAGCACACUGAUUUUUGUGUGUGUGGUUUUUUGUUGUUUUUUUUUUUUUUAAUACUGCCCUUAAAAGAAUGGAACAAAAUUCCACGAUGUUGGGUAAAAUAGUUGAGGUGUCUUGCACUAUUAAAUCUGCUCUUAAGGGGCGAAACUUUGAGGUUACACUGAAACCGUAUCUAACUGUAGAAGAGAAAAGGCUUGCUGCUGCUGCUGAUCCAUGUGGAUGUAUGGAGCAAUAUUUUACUCUAAAUGAAGACCUAAAACAAAUGUUGGAAAGCAGUAAAGAUUCUGCAAAGCUGGAUGCUAUGAAGAGGAUUGUUGGGAUGAUUGCAAAGGGAAAAAAUGCUUCUGAGCUGUUUCCUGCUGUUGUGAAGAAUGUUGCCAGUAAAAAUAUUGAGAUAAAAAAGCUUGUAUAUGUUUAUCUGAUGCGCUACGCAGAGGAGCAGCAAGAUCUAGCAUUAUUGUCCAUCAGUACUUUUCAACGUGCUUUAAAAGAUCCUAAUCAAUUAAUCCGUGCAAGUGCUUUAAGAGUUUUAUCCAGUAUCCGGGUCCCAAUUAUUGUUCCUAUUAUGAUGCUUGCUAUUAAGGAAGCCUCAUCUGAUUUAUCUCCUUAUGUGAGAAAGAAUGCAGCCCAUGCAAUCCAAAAACUGUAUAGUCUUGAUCCAGAGCAAAAGGAAAUGUUAAUUGAAGUGAUAGAAAAGCUUUUGAAGGAUAGAAGUACGCUGGUAGCUGGGAGCGUUGUGAUGGCAUUUGAGGAAGUGUGUCCAGAUAGAAUAGAUCUGAUUCACAAGAACUACCGAAAGCUCUGCAACUUGUUGGUUGAUGUGGAAGAGUGGGGUCAAGUUGUUAUAAUUCACAUGUUAACUCGAUAUGCACGUACGCAGUUUGUAAGCCCAUGGAAGGCUGAUGAGGUGGUGGAUGAAUAUAAUGAGAAUAAUUUUUAUGAAUCUGAUGAAGAACAGAAGGAGAAGGAUCAGAAAUUGAAAAGCACCUAUACCAUGGACCCAGAUCACAGACUGCUGUUACGAAAUACAAAGCCCUUGCUUCAAAGCCGAAAUGCUGCUGUGGUAAUGGCAGUUGCACAACUUUACUGGCAUUUGGCACCAAAAUCAGAAGCUGGUAUUGUUUCUAAGUCAUUGGUGCGUUUACUCCGUAGUAAUAGGGAGGUGCAGUAUAUUGUUCUGCAAAAUAUUGCCACUAUGUCAAUUCAGAGAAAGGGUAUGUUUGAACCUUUUCUGAAGAGUUUCUAUGUUAGAUCAACUGAUCCAACUAUGAUCAAAAUACUGAAGCUUGAAAUCUUGACAAAUUUAGCAAACGAAGCCAACAUAUCAACUCUGCUUCGAGAAUUUCAGACUUACGUGAAAAGCCAAGAUAAACAGUUUGCUGCAGCUACAAUUCAGGCUAUAGGCAGAUGCGCAACUAACAUCACCGAAGUGACUGACACAUGCCUCAAUGGCCUUGUAUGUUUGCUGUCCAACAGGGAUGAAAUUGUAGUUGCUGAAAGUGUUGUUGUCAUUAAGAAACUGCUGCAAACCCAACCAGCACACCAUAGUGAAAUUAUUAAGCACAUGGCCAAACUCUUGGAUAACAUUACAGUUCCAGUAGCCAGAGCCAGCAUUCUGUGGCUCAUUGGCGAGUACUGUGAGCGGGUUCCGAAGAUUGCACCUGAUGUUUUGAGAAAGACAGCCAAGAGUUUCACUAAUGAAGACGACCUUGUGAAGUUGCAGAUCUUAAACUUGGGUGCAAAACUGUAUUUAACAAACUCAAAACAGACAAAAUUGCUUACCCAGUAUGUAUUAAAUCUCGGCAAGUAUGAUCAAAGCUACGACAUCAGAGACCGUACAAGAUUUAUUAGGCAGCUUAUUGUUCCGAAUGAGAAGAGUGGAGCUUUAAGCAAAUACGCCAAAAAAAUAUUUCUGGCGCAGAAACCUGCCCCAUUGCUUGAAUCUCCUUUUAAAGAUCGGGAUCAUUUCCAGCUUGGCACCUUGUCUCACACACUGAACAGCCAAGCCAUUGGCUACCUGGAACUGUCUGACUGGCCAGAGGUGGCGCCUGACACUUCUGUCCGAAAUGUCGACGUGGUCGAGUCGGCAAAGGAAUGGACUGGAAUUCUAGGUAAGCCAAAGAAGGAGAAACCUACUGAAAAGUUCUACUCUGAAUCAGAAGAGGAAGAAGAUGAGUCUACCAGUACGAGUUCAUCAGGGAGUGAGUCUGACAGUGAAAGCGAGAAGGAAGAUAAAGAGGAAGACAGUACUGAUGAGACUAGUGGGAGUUCCUCUCCCAGUGAAGAAUCAACUGACAGUGAUUCAGACAGCAAAGAAAGUACAGCAAAGAAAACAUCUAGAGCUGCCGAUGAAAGUGAUUCAGAAGAUAUUAAAAAGAAGGCAGAGGGAAUCUCCAAGAAGAGAAGCACAUCCAGUUCCUCUGAUACAGAGUCCUCUUCAUCAGAAGAAAGUUCUUCAGGCUCCAAAUCAGAAUCAGACUCUAAAAGUGACUCUGAGUCUGGAAAACCUAGAAGUGCUACCUCUAGUAAGGUUAGGAAGAAAGAAGAAAAAACAGUACAAGACAGAAAAACUCCAAAUAAACAAGACGUGUUUCUCUUAGAUUUAGAUGACUUCUGUCCUGUGACAACUCCUGUGACAGUUCCUACAGCAGCUGUUUUAUCCCCGAGUUUAACAGCAGACUUAGAGGGAUUAAGUCUGUCAAGUUCAUCUGUCAUUGAUGUCACUUCUCAAGUCUCUGUGCCAACAAAAACAUAUGAACUGCUUCAUCGAAUGAGUGGAAAAGGAUUAGCAGCUCAUUAUCACUUCUCAAGACAACCAGGCCUUUUUGGUGAUCAUAUGGUACCUGUGCAAGUGACAGUAACAAAUACAACCGAUCAGAAGAUAGAGAAUAUUCACAUUGAGGGGAAGAAAUUACCUCCAGGCAUGAGGAUGCAUGAGUUUAAUCCAAUAGAGUGCCUUGAGCCUGGAGGAUCCACUACCGUUACAAUGGGUAUUGACUUCUGUGAUUCUACUCAGACAGCCAGUUUCCAGUUAUGCACAAAGGAUGAUCAUUUCAAUGUUAGCAUUCAACCCCCUGUUGGAGAACUACUCUUGCCUGUCACUAUGUCAGAGAAAGACUUUAAGAAGGAGCAAGGAAUGCUGACAGGAAUGAAUGAGACAUCUGCUACAAUAGCUGUUGCUCCACAGAACUCUACUAGACUUGUAAUAAUUGAGAGGAUAAUGAAAGCAGCAAAUCUGGGUGUAGUCUCUUCUGGUCAAGAUAACAUACACAGGUUUGCAGCUAAGACUGUGCACAGUGGGUCACUGAUGCUAGUCACAGUGGAACUGAAGGAGAGCUCUACAGCACAGCUCGUCAUAAACACCGAGAAAACUGUGAUUGGUUCUGUUCUGCUGCGGGAGCUGAAGCUUGUCCUGUCCCAGGGGUAACCUGCUUACAUCUGGACUUCAGAAUCUGGCACAGAACAAAAGUGCCUGGCAUCCACUACUGCUGCCUUUCAUUUAUAAUAAUAGCCCUUCCAUCUGGCAGUGGGGGAAGAAUACACUCUUGACAUUCUUGUCUUCUGCUUUAGAAUGCUAGUGUGUAUCUAUCAUGUAUGCAAGUCCUUUCUUUUUUUUUUGCUUGCUAACCAAAGAACAUGUAUUUUACUGUCUGUUAUCUGUGCUUUUAAAGGUAUUUCCCAUUUGUUCUACUCUAGUUCUUCCCUCUCUGUUCCCUUCCCCCACUACCUUUCUUCCCCAUCAGUGCCCCCCACUCCCCCCAAAGUGCACAAAUAUUAGAUAAUAAAGUUCAAGGGAAAUCACACGGCUUGAAAACUGAGUUCAAAUGGCAGGUAGGUUCCAGCAACAAGUUUGUGGUUCAGAGAAGUUUUGUUACAUAAAUGUAAAAAUUCAGUAAGAACAGUAAAAUGGUGUUUUCUUUCUAGAAAUGCUUGUAAACCUGAACUCCUCUAUUAAGAACACUGUUCCUGCUUACUGUCUGUUUCUCAAAUAUUUUGUUAAGAUGCCAAUAAAGUAGUGCUAUGAGCA